AUGACUACAACUGCAGAGAGAAGGUUUGUUAAUCUCAGGAAACGCCUGGAUCAGCUGGGAUAUCGACAGCCAUUGGGAGUGGAGAGUUUACCUUUGGUGGAAAAGCUUUUUAGUGACCUGGUUCGUACAACUGAGAGCUUGCGAAGUGCAAAGUUAGCUGCUAGAAAAACUGAAAAGGAAUGCAGCAAUUAUGAUGUGAUUUUGGAACCCUACAAAUCAGAGAAUGCUGUACUUACCAGGGAAAAUAAUGAACUACAUUUGGAAAUUCUAAAACUGAAAGAGCAAUUUGAUCGUCAUGUUAAAGAUUUGAAAGCCUCCUUAAGAAGGGUUGAACAUGAAACAACUGACUUGAAAUUCCUGAACAAUCAAUAUGUACAUAAAAUUAAAAUGCUGGAAAAAGAGAACAAAGGCAAGAGUGAAAAAAUUCAGCAGCUUCAGGAGAAGAAUCUGCAAGCAGUGGUGCAAACACCUGGUGGCAGAAAGAGGAGCAUUCCCUUCAGGCGUCAACGCAUGCAGAUAGACCAGCCUGUCCCUCCAUCAGGUGUUAAUGCCUAUCCAGUUCCUCAGCCUGAGGACCCUUAUAUUGCAGACCUUCUUCAGGUUGCUGAUAACAGAAUUCAUGAACUUCAGUCAGAAGUAACAGAACUACAGGAAAAACUGGAGAUAUCUGAACGUGGAUUGAAAAAUUAUAGCAAGCAGGUUGAGCUAAGAGACAAAGAAAUAGAGCGCCUGGUGCUAGCACUGGAUGGUGGACGUUCUCAUGAGGUUCUCUCUCUGGAAUCAAGCAGUAGAAGCAAUGAGAAGCUUAUUGCCCACUUGAAUUUGCAGGUUGAAUAUCUUCAGCAAACGAAUAAACAACUUGAAAAUCGCAUUCAGGACCUCCUGGACACGAAACAAAAUGUGACUAGUGAGGUGGUGGAUUUAAGCAAUAAAAAUGAAGAACUGUGUCAAGAACUGAAUGAAAUAGACCACUUGGCACAGCAGUUGGAAAGACAUAAGGAAAUAGUGCUUGAGACUGCAGAUAAGGAAAUAGAAGAAGCAAAGAAAGAAAUUGAAAGAAAACAGAGUGAAAUACAGGAUCUUGAAGAAACAAUAACUAGGCUUAAAUCAGACUUGUGCUCAUGUCGUAGGGAGAAUGAAAAACUGAGUGAAGAGCUCUGUGGAAAAGUGGAUGAUAAAGAGAAUCUUGAAGUAUUGCUGAACCAGCUCACACAAGAGAAACAAAGGCUCACAGAAAAAACAGAAAACCUAGAAACAAAAGAAAGAGACCUUGUCCUAGAGAUAGAAAGAAUGAGAUUAGAGUAUGGUAUAGCCCUAGGAGACAAAUCUCCAUCUCGUCUCGAUGCUUUUGUGAAGACUUUGGAAGAUGACAGAGAUUAUUAUAAGCGAGAAUUGGAAUAUCUUCAGAAAAUGAUAAAACGAAGGCCAAGCCCAAGUCAUCGGUCUCCAGAGAAGGUGAAGUUCCUGCUAUCAAGACAAGCUUAAAAAAUAGAUGAAGAUCUGAGAUUCAUCACCAGAGAAAGAGAUGAGCUACGAUCCAUGUUAGACAGAUUUGAAAAACACAUGAUAGAAAUUCAAUCCAAUGUCAAAUUAUUGACUGCAGAAAGAGAUAGAUUAAAUGUUCUUUAUGAGCAGUCUCAGACUGAACUGAACAGGGUGAGAAGAGAAGCAAAACAUAGUUUAGUUUCUCAAAGUCACGUGGAAGAAGAAAGAGACAUUGCACUUGCUGACUUCAGAAGGCUAAUGGCAGAAAAAGAAAGCCUCAGAGAAAAAUUAAAGCAUCUGGUAUCAACUUAAAUUUAUUUAAAAGCUAAGUUGUGCUAGCUUUCUACAACAUUAACAUGUUUGGUUAUUUUUUUUAAAUUGCAGUUUGAGAUGGAAAGGUGUGAACUGAAGACUACAGUCUGUAUCCUGAAAGAGAGAAUAAACUCUUUGGAAAAUGAAUUAAGAUUAAAGUCCAGUAAACUUGCCCAGACAUCUGAUGAUUCUUCUCAAUUUAAAACUGAGAUUUGCUCACUUCAGCUCUUAAAUGACCAGCUCCAGAGGUCUGUUGAAGAUCUACAGCGCCAGCUGUCCCUCAAAAAGGAUGAACUACAGUCAGCUCAAGAAGAAAUUUUAAAGCUAGAGGAGAAAAUAGAUAGGUUAAACCAGAGGAGCACUUCACAAGAGGAAGCAGUCAAUAUGCUUAGAAGUACUAUUACUGUUUUGGACAAAGAAAAGGAUAGUCUUCAAGAAACUGUAGAUGAAAAAACAGAAAGAAUUGCAUGCUUAGAUGACAACUUAGCCAACAAGGAAAAAACGAUUUCUCAUUUACGUCUAACUCUCUCUGAGCUGGAGUCCUCAAAAGACCAGAUGAAGGACAUGCUGAGCAACAGAGACCGUGAGCUAGAGAGCUUACACCGCCAGCUUGAUACGUCCCACAUGGAGCUUGCAGAAACAGGACGAGUAAAGGAAAUGGCUCUGAAAGAAAACAGACGAUUGCAAGAUGACCUAGCUACAAUGGCCAGAGAAAAUCAGGCUAUCAGUACUGAGCUUGAGGAUGCAAUACGUGAAAAAGAAGAAAUGAAAACCAGGGUUCAUAAUUAUAUAGCUGAAGUUUCCAGAUUUGAGACCCUGAUGACUUCAAAGGAAAAAGAAAACCAAGAAUUGUUAGAGAAAUUCCGAAUGCUCCACACGCAAGCUGAAGACUGGGAAAUGAAGGCUCAUCAGGCUGAGGGAGAGAGCAGCUCAAUACGACUUGAACUCCUUUCUGUAGACACUGAUAGGAGGCAUCUUCGAGAGAGAAUAGAACUUCUAGAAAAAGAGAUUGAAGGGCAUAUUGUUGCACAUCAAGCAUAUGAGACUCAAAUCUCCUCCAUGACAAAGACUAUGUCCAGGUUGGAAGAAGACAUUAAACGUGAAAAACAGGAUAAGUCUUCUGUGCUGGCAGACCUGGCUUCUGUGAGGGAGCUCUGUGUGAAACUUGAGUCUAACAAAGAACUUUUAUCUCGACAGCUGACAUCCAAAAGCAUGGAUUAUGAAAGGGUUCUAGGUGAAUUACAAGAUAUAAAAUCAGAAGUAGAGUUGCUGAAGAAGCAGUUAUCCAGUGAGAGACUUACAGUUCAGAAUCUUGAAACAUUGCUGUCUACCAGUAGAGACAAAGAAUUUCAAAACCAUCUAACGUCCCAAGAGAAAGAUUCCGAGAUUCAGUUGUUGAAAGACAAGCUAACACUCGCCGAGAGCAAACUAAGCAGCUGUAAUAGAGAGGUUUCCAUACUUCGAAGUAAAGUUGUACAGCUGCAGGCUGACUCUGAUGUUUUAAAAAGGCAACUGACAACUGAACGAUUUGAACGAGAGCGUGCAGUUCAGGAAAUGCGCCGACAUGGUCUCUCUACAUCAUCAUUACGGGCUUCACCUCCUCUCAGCUCAACAUUAAGGUCUCCCUCACACUCUCCAGAAUGUACCACUAUAAGGACAACUGAUGAAGCAUCAGCUGCAAAAAAUGUGAGCUUCAAGGAAUAACCAGUACUUGAGCAACUGAAGCA